CGGGACGGGGGGCUGUGUGGGCUGCUGAAGGAGAUCGUCAGCGCCGAGGAGGAGGGGCUGCAGUGGGCGAAGACGGCGCUGAGCUGCGUUCUGACCGCGUGCCGAUGGCUCUCCUCCCUGCACGGCUCCCUCCUCCCACACCUCUCGCUGACCAGUGAGGAUAUGAUUGCUGCCUUCUCCCAGGCGGUCGACUGGGCCGGCUGCAGCAUCCGUGCCUUCGCCUGGCAUCCACACACCAGCAAAUUCGCCGUGGCUCUGCUGGACGACUCCGUGCGGGUCUACAACUCGAGCAGUGCCACCAUCCCAUCGCUGAAGCAUCGUCUGCAGAGGAACGUGGCCGCCGUCGCCUGGAAGCCGCUGUGUGCCUCCAUCCUGGCCGUCGCCUGCCAGAGCUGCGUCCUCGUGUGGCACCUGGACCCCACGUCCCUCUCCACCAGACCCUCAUCUGGCUGCGCUCAGGUGCUGUCCUACCCUGGGCACAGCCCUGUCACCAGCCUGGCGUGGGCACCCAGCGGGAAGCUGCUGCUCUCGGCCUCACCUGUGGACACGGCCAUGCUGGUAUGGGAUGUGUCCACCGAGAACUGCGUCCAGCUGCAGUGGUUCGGGGGCGGUGGGGUCACCUUCUUGGCGUGGUCCCCCGAUGGCAGCAAGGUCCUGGCAGCCACCCCUUCAGCAGUGUUCAAAGUGUGGGAAGCUCAGAUGUGGACGUGUGAGAAGUGGCCCACGAUCAAAGGGCGCUGCCAGACGGGGUGUUGGAGCCCUGAUGGCAGCCGGCUGCUCUUCACAGUGCUGGGGGAGUCCGUCAUCUACUCCUUGUCCUUCUCUGAGUACAGGGGGGACAUGCAGGGCCAGGUGGGAGGUUCGAAAACAGCUUCCAUCGUGGCAGAUCUGUCAGAGACCACCUUCGAGACGCCCUACGGGGAGGAGAGGGUCGGCGGAGCUGUGCAGUCCAUGGUGUGGGACCCCACCGGGGAGAGGCUGGCUGUGAUCAUCCGAGGAAAUCCCAGCGCUGAGGGGACGCAAACCGUGGUGGCCGUGUUCCGUAUCCGCAACAGCCCCGUGUUUGAGCUCCUGCCGUGCGGAUUCCUGAGGGGGGAGCAGAGCGCCGAGCCGCAGCUCAUCGCCUUCCACCCCUGCUUCGAGAAGGGAGCGCUGCUGACCGUGUGCUGGUCCACGGGGACCAUCAGCCACAUCCCCUUCUUCUUCCUGAGCUCCCGCCUGCCCUACGGCAGCCCCGGCCGCAGCCCCGCCGUGGUGACGGCCAGCAGCAGCGUGCGGGAGCAGCCGCUCUUCUCAGAGCUCUGACAGCAGCUCAGGACAUUUGGGGUCUGUUCCCUGUUCCCCGGGACACCGCGGGGCUGCGGUCCCUUCCUGUACCCCUGCAGGUUCUGCACGGCUCCGUGCUCUCAAUUCUGUGGAAUGUGGGGUUCAGCCGUCGAGCGCCGUGCAGAUUAAAGGUGGCUCCUCCUCCCCA